AUGUCGAUAUUGACUGAUCUGGCAAACGGCGUGAAAGCAGAGUACACAGAAGUGAAGCGAGACCCAUUGUUUGCUAAAAUCAUAGCCAUCCACGAAAACCGGCUGCAUUUCUCAGCUAAACUGGUGCAUAGUUUCAUGACCAGGCAGCUUGUCACCGCAAAGAAGCAUGAGCUAUGGUUCGUCUUUGCAAGAAGGCCACUGCGGUUCUCUUUGCAAGAAUUUCAUGCUGUCACCGGUCUCAAAUGCGUAGCCGAUGGAAAUUCAGAGGAAACCAAUUGGGUUGACGAUGGAGGUUUUUGGAAUACAAUGUUAAAGACUCGUGGGAAGAUUAGCUUCGAGACAAUCAGAAAAAAGCAUCUCCAGGAGGCCAACACCUGGACUCGCGUGGAUAGACUCCGGUUGGUGUAUUUCUGCGUUGUUGGUCUGCUGAUGGCAAUAGAUGAGAAGAGCUUUGUUUCGCAUGAGUACAUCAGGCGCAUCAUGGACAUUGAUAAGCUACGAGCUUAUCCAUGGGGUCUGCGCAGCUUUGACCAUCUAGUGGAUGGUGUGAUCAAAGCCAGAAGCGACUUGAGUAAACCAAGCUAUGUCUUGCAAGGAUUUCAAGAGAUAAUCGACUUGGAGAAAACUCUAAGAAAAAACGGUCUUGUGCUAUACUCUUUCAUCUCAGCCACGGGCAACAUGGAUGUGAUACGGGAUCAAGACUUCGUCAGGACUGACGAAAUGAGGGAUGAAAGAGUUGAUCGGAUGGAGCAGCUCAUCAGUCAGAAUCAUGAUUGGAGUAAACGUCUCUGGGAAGCUGAAGAACCGGUUGACACAGCUCAUGCUCCGGCGCCUGCUCCGGCGUCUGCUCCGGCAAUUGCUCCCGCUUCUGCUGCACAGACAGAGUCCGAGGUUGUGCAUAACGAGGGCGGUGAAAGCACUGAGGAUUUCAGAACGCCUUGCGGUGAGGUGACAUCGUCUUCUGGCUCGAGGACUCGAAAGAGGAAGGUCAUAGACAAAGGCGCUGAGGAACGCAAGAAGCAAUUGUUGUUUUAG